AUGCCAAAAAAUAUUGAGUUAACUGUUGAAAUUGAUGUUCAAAAGCCAUUAUUGGAUACAAACCCAUCCAAGAAUGUAACAAAUGACACAUUCCUCAAAGGAUUAGACUAUACACUCAAUACAGGCUGGUAUCAUGCCCAGGCGUUUGGUUAUUUCAAAGAUGUGUUCUACUUUCGGAAGCGGUUCCAGGAGACUUGUGCUCUUAACAACAUCUGUUGUUUGUUGAAAGACGAAACGAUAUAUUGUGAACUGGUGCAGUGGAGUGACGACUGCGUGUCGGGCGAAUGCGUGAUAUUGGCGCAGUAUUUAGGCGCACUCAACGACGUCUUGUUUCCGCCCAAUAUGUGCUCCAGUGAUGGCGUCGAUCUGCUCAUGCGGAGGUCUAAGGAUUUCCCAGGUAUCCUGUCGCCCAAAAUUGAAGUAGCGACUAAAGUAAGGAUAGAUGAGAUUUGGAGUCAAUCAAAUAACGUAUUGAACAAGGCCACCAAAUGUCAGUGCGUACCGAUACCAGAUCCCAACGGCUACAGGCAGAAACCGGUCUGCCACACACCUCUUUAUCACAGAGUGAAAUGCCAUCAUCACAGACGUCCACUUUCAACGACUAGAUCUCGGUCGCGGUCGAGGUCCGGUGGAUCGAGAUCGUGCUGCAGCUUCGAGCCGAGAGAAACCAACGUUACGUGCGGCUGUCCCAAACCUGACAAUAAAUCCCGUGUUCACUCAACUUCCUCGCCACGUCACUCUCCUGCUCGUCGUGCUAGAGGGUGCGCUUAUAACGUAUAUAAUAUAGAAAACACUUCCUCUACGCCAUGGCGUGCCAAUAUUCGCAAUGCACCAGAUGGAAAUAUUAAGGAUCAUGCAGAGGACAACGGAAUCGAAAUCGAAUCAGAGAAUGCCAGGGCCGCACUACCGAAGGAAGAACGGAUACAGAAGUUGCUUCUUGAGAGUUGCUACGUGGACGAGCAGCGCCACAGUUCCGCGACUCGUUCGCGACGUGAACAUCAAGCGACUCGAGUUCAGCCCUGCGUGUGCGAUAUAUGUAGGCGUUACCACGAACUGUUUCAUACACACUCCGCUGAUAGGUGA